UUCACUUCAUUCCAAGUUUGCAACACCUCCGGUGUACAUUGCGGUGUCCGCAAAGGGUGUACAUUGGUGAAUGCCAUAUAACUUACAAUAUACGUGAUGUGUAUGGUGUUUGGUUACACUGUGGUUUUGAAUUGCGUGUUGAUUGUUUAGAUUGGCUCAAUUAUCUGCAAUGUUCGGCGUAAUGAAGUGAAAAAUUAAGUGAGAAGAGUGAUAUCAACCGCAAUGAGAAUAUUAACAUUAUCUUGUGAUACAACAAUGAGUAGAUGGUUCUUACGAAAUUGGAAAUAGUUUUGUGUGCUCUGAAAACAGUCUAUUGCUCAACAUAAGUUUAUGUACAGCAGACGUGUGCCGCAUUGUGUAACUGGUUUAUCCUGAUACAUCAAGGUUGUGAUUUAUAAAGUGUUGUUCGCAAAGUGAUGAGAAACCCCCUAUUUGACAACGUAUCUAAUUCUUCGAAAAAAUCUUUCACAUUUGAAGGUUCAAGUGAAAAAGUGUAUAUGCAUUUAUCGAUUGCAAAUGUUGUUCUGAAUUGUGUUUGAAAAUUUAAUCUAUUACACUAAAACAUGAGUUCUUUUCUCAUGGGCUAUCCUCAUCACCAUAUACAAUCUAUGGGGAUUAAUAUCGAGCCUAAAUUUCCGCCCAGUGAGGAUUAUGCCAACUUUCAUAGCGGCUAUGGUGUAGGAAACAAUGUAACUCAAGCUGGAACUCAAGACUACUUACACCAUAUCCAGUCUGAAUCACUACAUCAUGCUGGUGCAAUGAGCAUUGGUGUGCCAUCUGGAAAUGGUCUUACCGGUGGCAAUGGUCAUGUUAGCGGUGCCGGAAGCAAUGCGGAAGGAGAAGAAAGAGGUGGUGGAGGAGGAGUAGGAGGAGGUGGAGGAGGAGGAGCAGAAGGAGGAGGAGGAGGAGUAUCUGCAGCAUAUAACGACUACUCAUCUUCAAUGGUGGGCCAUUACUAUCACCACCCGCAUCAUCAUCAUCACCAUCAUCAUCACCAUCAUCCACACGCGCAUCAUCCAUCGCAUAAUGGGUAUAUGUCGCCAGUGCAGAUGCAGUCAACAUCAUCAGGUCUUAUCGCUCCAGCUAUCACAACUCUUCCACCCUCUGUUUCUACUGCGGCCUCGAACAGUUCGGUUUCAAAUCAAAAUUCUUUCCCAACUAACAUAACAUCUGGAUACUAUAAUGGAUACUACUCAGCUUCAACUGAAGGUCAUACAUCCAUAAUGGAUACUCCGCUGCAAUGUGUCGGUACGGAAGUGACCAACACAGCAUUGGGUCUACAAGAGCUAGGAAUGAAACUGGAUAGGCGAAUAGAGGAGGCAGCACCUACAGGACAGCAGCUACAAGAGCUUGGUAUGCGGUUACGUUGUGAUGAUGCCAGCUCUGAUCAGGAUGAGUUCCUGGACGAAGAGCGCUUAAUGCUUGAUCAAUCGCCGGAUGAACUAGACUCUAACGAUGGUGAUAUAGAUGACCUGGAAUCUGAUAACGAUCUUGGAGAAGAUGUAAUGCAUGCAACUAGUGACGGCGAACGUAUCAUUUAUCCUUGGAUGAAAAAAAUCCACGUUGCUGGCGUUGCUAAUGGAUCUUUUCAACCUGGAAUGGAGCCAAAACGACAACGUACUGCUUAUACCCGCCAUCAAAUAUUAGAGCUAGAAAAAGAGUUUCAUUAUAAUCGUUACCUUACACGACGCCGACGGAUAGAAAUAGCUCAUACGCUUGUUCUUUCGGAACGACAGAUAAAAAUAUGGUUUCAAAACAGACGCAUGAAGUGGAAGAAAGACAAUAAACUACCCAAUACUAAGAAUGUGCGGAAAAAAAACGGCGACCAAAGCAAAUCAAAUGCGAGUGGCUCAACUGGACAGUCUGCAGUAAUAAAUAACCAAAAAAAAUCCCGAAAAGUGAGUUCUACAACAUUAAGCACAAAAUCUAAGCAGCAACAACAAACUUUACAAAAUGAAUGCCUUCGAACAGACAGUCUAGAAAGUAUGGCGGAUGUCCACGGUACAAUAACAACUAUCAACACCAGCUCAUCGCAGUACAUGUCAUCUUCUGAUGUUAACAACACGUUACCGAUGGCAAACGGAACCAACAACUCUAGUAACACUAUUCGCAAUGAACAUCUUUCACAGCACCAACAGCUUCCACACAACCAACAACAGCAUCAUCAACUACGCCAAUCUCAAUUGAGCAACCAAUCAUCAAAUAACAACAACAAUAGUAACGCAACCGGCAACAUGAACAACGUCCAACAACAUUCCGUACUUAUAAAAAAUGACUACGAUCUUACUGCCCUGUAAACGCAAGAAUUUUUCUAGAUUUUUUACCACCAACAUCAUUCGAAUACCAUCGUUCGGUCCAGCUUAAAAUUUUCAAUUUAUUGUAGAAUUUUUAUCAUUCUAUCUAGAGAUUCAAAGAGCUUAUCGACGUCGAUUUCAUUAGUAUAAAUGAAAUAAACACUGAACUCGAAACUAGAUUCCUCUACAGUACUUUGUUUUGACCGAAAGCACAAAUUAACCUAAAAAUAGCUUUAAUUUUUUUUAAUGAAAACUACGAGUAAAUAUUGAUGAAGAAAAAGUAAAAAUAUAAUAGCAGCGUUGCAAGAGCAUCACAUAUGUACAGCUAGUAUGUAUACGAAAUUAAUUUUAAGGUUAACACAGAUGCCGAACAUUUGCUCAUAGACCAGACUUGAAUAUGGUUCGUGUGAUGCUGCUAUAGAAAGUGCUGAAAACCAUUGAGAACGGAAGAAAUUAAACUUCUUCAUAAGUUGUACUGAACUAAAUUUAUAAGAAUUUAUUAAAAUGGUUCGAGUCGAAAGGGGUAAGAAAUGUUCAUUCAAAUAAUAUACAUUUACAGUACAUGCCAUAAUAGGGAUACACUGAUCGAUAUAAGAAAUAAGUGAAAUAUAUUUUACAAGGUGUUAGACUUUUUGGUUGUUGGCUGGGCUAAAAAAUGACGUUAACUCGUGGUUUUCGUUCAAAAUGCCAACGGUAAAUUAGAAAAACGCCUGUUUAUCAGGAUAAUUGUCAUUUUAAUUGACUCCACCUUCACAUAUACAAAUUCGGAUGAAACAGUGAUUUAGUUUUAUAAGUGAAGCGCCAUGCUAUAUCUACUAUGUACAUAAGUAAUUUGUAAAAUGAAAAUGAAGAAUGAAUUAAACAAUGAAACGAUAGCGACC